UUGGGGACACCCACAUGGAAGGUUUCCCCAUCCCCAGUUUUCGGAGAGAGGAGUGUAAAUCAUCCUCGUUUUUCAAGGACCGCUUCACCUUCCUGAGCGGAGCCGAACGGAGAGGGGGAGACUGUUGGUGCUUGUGCCCCUCGGGUUCAGGUCGCAGGAUGCUGCAGGGAGAGGAAUUCGAAAGCUCCGACUUCACACCUCCCACUACCCACCAGCAAGGUCAGGCCGAGCCCUCCCUGAGCAGCAGGAGCCACCCGAGAGGCUCCCGCGAGCGGGAGCUCCACCAGAACCCCCUCACCGUGGUAUCGGGGCGGGUGCGGGAGUUGGCAAUGUACAGCGGUAUAUGCAUAUGCGUGUUCCUCGCUGUGCUCUCAGCAAGCUCUUUCGGACAGCAAAGUGUGGGCUCACAGAAUGGGAAUCCACUGGCUGCUGAGCUUGAGCAGAGCUUGACAGAACAUCACCAGCAUAUCCGUGCCCCUUCGUCUGCCGGCUCGCUGAAAUCUGUGCCGCGCCUGGAUGGAAGCAUUGACCAGAGAGCUAACAUCGGCGCUUUACUGGCCAAGUAUCUCCAGCAAGCCAGAAAAGGUCCCACUGGAAGGCUCUCAGUCAUGGGAAACAAGGUACAGAGCAUUGAUCCUACACACAGGAUAAAUGACAGAGACUACAUGGGCUGGAUGGAUUUUGGACGCCGCAGUGCUGAAGAAUAUGAAUACUCUUCCUAAAGAACAGCAAACUAUAGCAACAGGAAAAAAAAAAAAAUCACACUCCCAUGUCUGUACAGAAAGAAAGAAAAUAAUUUGUUGUCCUCUUCGAAUCAGUGUUUUAAAAUGUCAUGUAUUUGAUGUAAAUUUGUCUGUAAGAUUAUACAAUGCAAUAUAUACAUAUGCAGAAUUUUCCAGAAAAAUGUUUUCUUUCUUUUGUGGUUUCUCAUACACUGAUAUUAUAUUAAAAUGAUUUCACUUAUCCCUUCUUGUCCUGUCACCGCAUGUUGCUGGGUGUCUUACUAUAAAUAGAGGCAGGAAAAUGCCUUUAUUCCUCAAUGUAAGUAUAUUCCAUUUGCUGAGAAGUCAAGCAAAUGAACCACUCUCUUGAGAGAUGGUGUUACAGUCCUGGUAGCUGUGGACUUUAAGGGGAACUUCUCCAGGUGUAAACACAGUAGCACAAUACUGUCAGAGAAGGCCAGCUACCUUCACGGUCACCCAAUUUGUUGAGGGACGAGUUAUACACCAAGCCCACGUGUUCAUAGUGAAAAGUCAACAGUGCUAAAAUUAGAAGAAAAAGAGGAACGGCACCAACACGUUUCACCUUCCUGGUCUAUUUAUUUUAUGUCAUGAAUUAAAUGUGGAAGUUCUGCUGGCGGCUGCAAAGCAUGGAAUAAACUGAGCAUUCCUUGCCAUGUGGUGAGCCAAGCGUUCAUUUGGGGUGGGGGCAAGGAAAGUUCCCUGAAUGAAGAAGAUGACCCUAAGUGGGAGGAGGCGGCAGCAUCGGAGCAGUCUAGUC